AGGGAGCCCUAGAGAGUGGAUACUCCUGGGAGGUCAGUGUGUUUGUAUUCAUUUAUUUUGAUCUAGUCUUGUAUGUGUGCUUGUGUGAGUUUAUUGGAUGGCAUAGAGUCUGAUUAACACAUUUCUCCAGAUCUACAAGAGCAGACACAGUGAUUACAUUGAUGCAAAGAGAGAGACACUUUCUAACUGGAUGAGGUACGUCAAUUGUGCUCGUAAUGAAGAGGAACAGAACCUGAUAGCGUUUCAGCACAAAGGAGGAAUUCUGUAUCGCUCCUGUGGCCUCGUGACUUCAGGAGCAGAGCUCUUGGUCUGGUAUGGGGACGAAUACGCCAGACAUCUGGGAAUCGGAUUUGAUCGACUGUGGAACAACAAGAGCUCUACUAAAGGAGGGAGAUCCCAGCUGACACCAGCACAGGCUUUCCCCUGUCCCGAGUGUCCGUACUCCUACACGUCUCAGAUCUUCCUCCACAAACACAUGAAGAGGAGCCACGGCGACCUGUACGGCCGACUGCUGAGGAGUGGAGAAAUCAAGGUGGAGCCUAGUCUCCUCCCAUACGUCGCAGCCUCCUAUCAAGAACCGAUCGGAGCCUCCCCGGGAACCGUCCAAAGCACGAGCCAGAUUCCAGCAGAAGGAGCCGGACGCCACAGAUGUGAGAAGUGCAGUAAAACCUUUAGUCGCUCUCAUAGUCUGAAGGUACACCAGCGCAUCCACACGGGAGAGAAAUCAUACCACUGUCAACAGUGUGGGAAAACAUUUAAUACAUCUGGUGAACUCAAGAGACACCAGAUCAUUCACACGGGAGAGAAACCAUACCACUGUCAACAGUGUGGGAAAACAUUUAGUCAAUCUUGUCAUCUCAAAAGUCACCAACAACUUCACAGAGGAGUCUCCACCCAAACAACCAUGUGAAGAAACUAAAUGGUUCCCAGACAUCUGUUAUUCAAAUCUAAUCAAACAUGGUUCUUCCUGUUAUAUGUUAAAAGGGCACAUGAACGGUUAAUUGUUUAUCUUAUCAACUUUAUGUAUUUAUUUAUAUUCAUGUCUGUAUGAGUGAAGGUUUUUACCCAAAAAAUGUUCAGAAGAAAAAUAGUUUGAGAGUAAGGUAUCGUAGAUCUGACGUCAUUGUUAUAUUUAUUACAUUUGUAUGUAUUUAUUUAUUUAUCCUUGUGAAAAAGAGCUUUCUUCACGCAUGUUGUUGUUAAAAAGCAUCUCUUUACUUAAAACACAGCACAACUGUCGAGUCACUUGCACAACUCCAGCCCCUCCAGUCUAAAACUCUGAGAGGGGUCUGGCUGCAGACAUCCACCCACACGCUCCAGACAUCCACCCACACGCUCCAGAC